AACUCCUUUAAAAUAAAAAGUAACCACGACGUUUCCGUGCGGUGGGUGCCAAAAUUGCAUAAACCAGAUACCAUCCAUUAAUUAGCCUUUGCCUCAUCGUUGUCAGCUUGCCCUCUCCUUCUACUUAAAGCUAUCUAUCUCCAUCGUCUCCAAGACUUUUAAAAAAGUCACAAUCCCCCGAUUCAACAACGAAACGAUGCAGAGACCAAGACGCCGCUGCGAAGGCACUGCCAUGGGUUCUAUUGUUCUCGAUCUCCGCCCUGGUGUAGGAAUCGGUCCUUUUACUCUAGGAAUGCCUAUUUGUGAAGCUUUUGCGCAGAUAGAGCAGCAGCCUAAUAUUUAUGAUGUUGUCCAUGUUAAGUAUUACGACGAGGAGCCCUUAAAACUUGACAUUGUCAUUAGCUUCCCAGAUCAUGGAUUUCAUCUGCGGUUUGAUUCCUGGUCACAGAGACUGCGCCUUAUUGAAAUAUUUGAUGUAAAAAGGCUUCAGAUGCGCUAUGCCACCUCUGUAAUAGGCGGGCCGUCCACUUUGGCCACUUUUGUAGCCGUCUAUUCUCUUUUUGGACCAACCUAUCCAGGAACAUAUGACAAGGACAGAGGAGUUUACACUUUAUUUUAUCCAGGAUUGUCGUUUGCUUUUCCAAUUCCCUCCCAGUAUACAGAUUGCUGCCGUGAUGGUGAAGCGGAACUACCUCUUGAGUUUCCAGAUGGCACAACCCCAGUUACUUGCCGUGUAUCAAUAUUUGAUAGUUCUGCUGGAAGCAAAGUUGGUGUUGGAUCCAUGAUGGACAAGGCCUGUACUCCUCCUCUGCUUGCUGGGAGCCUCUACAUGGAAGAAGUGCAUGUUAAGGUUUGUUUCGGUCCACCCUGAAGUUUUUGUGCAGUC